AGUGGCCGAGAAGGGAGCAGGUGAUGGGAGGUGAUCCACACUGUUUAUCUCCCUCCAGUGAGUUACUCAGAUAACCUACCCACAGAAAGAUGCCAGCACAGUCCACAUGACUCUAUUUGGACUAUAACCACUUAAAAUGGAUGAACAAAAGGCUGACGACCAAUCAAAACUACAAUCUGAAGAGAAUGUACAAAUCGACAAGAUCGUCGAUGAUGACGGCGAACUCCUGCCGUUGGAUCGGCCGGGUCCACGGGAUAUUGAACAAACAAGAAUGGAAAAUGAAACUCUUCAAGCAUUACCGUUAGAAAGGUCCAGUGAGAUGUUAGUUAAUAAAGAUGAUGAUACAGUGACGAGUGGUGGGUCGUCACGGUCCAGGGAGAGUGAAGGUGUGGAAGACUGUCAAGGGGAAGGUUCUUGUGCUUCAGAAAAACAGAAUUCAAGUGACGUGAGAAUAGUGGAGGAAACAGUCAAUACAGAAGAGAGAAUGAUGAAUGUUGCAGAGGAGGAACUGAUGUUAACCAACAGUGUUUUACGAGAUGAUAGUGUUGUAGAGUUUUCCCUGGAAUAUAUCCCAGACAGUGACACCAGAGGAAUGGAGAACAAUUUACAACAAACUGAAGUAGAUUCUGUAUAUUGUAGUAGCACUGAACCAGACUCGUCCAGACACAGUAGAACCUGGCGUUACCCAAAGUCAUUGUGGCCAGAAGCAGAAGAAGCAGUCGAGAAAAAGAUGAAGGAAAUGGAGAGAAGACAGCUCAUUGCCAAAACUAAAAUGUUAAUAUCGGACAAGCUUCGCAUCUGCCAGACCCUCGAUACCAAG